AUGGGGGAGAAAAGAUGGAAACAUGACACAGCACCUCCCCCAGAACUAGGACACAAGGAGGAUCAACAAGGUUUCCAUCGCCUUUCCGAAACCUGCGGGACUGUCAUUCAUGCGAUAUAUCAACCGACACAGUUUGGCCGUGGAGAGUUCUUGCGCGGAAUCGUUUCGCUACGCGGUCCGUUUACGGUGCAAGUUACUUUUUGGCUGAACCCAGCUCUCCUUCGCGUGACCUGUCAUAUACGUGUGUUCGUAAAGCCAGGAGAUAUGCCUCCGCAAGGGGCAAAGGUCGGGAGUCAAGAUGUGGCAGAAGUAGCAGCAUCAGUUGUCGCCGUUCACCAAGAGGUCGGCGCGUUGCGAACAGAAAUCAACGCCCGUCUUGACAAAGUAGGCAACUCGGCCUCAAGGUUUGAUAGGGGUCUCUCAGACGUGGAAGACUUCUCUAUGCGUCAGGUCAGCGCCAGAUUGGAUUCCAUAUUGCAAAUCGUGUCGACUACAAAUGUGGACAUACAAGGCCUUGCACUGGAUUUCGACCGGGCUAACGACCGUGUGUACACUUCUCUGGCCGAGUGUCAGAGUAGGAUAAAUGAAGCUGUGCAAGAUUCUCACAAGACCACGUCUGACAGGAUAGAUGGGUUGUCCAAGGCCAUCAUCGACGCAAACAGCCGAUCGAAGCAUGCGUUUUUCGAGAUCGGCCAUGGCAUCGAUGUGAACCACCAGGCGCUGCUAUUGGAGCUGGACAACGUGAACAGGGAUCUUAAUUCAACUGUUUCCAACAAGAUAGACGGUGCAAACAGCAGUAUCAACAAGCUCGUUGUUGAGUCUAGAGAUCACUUACACGGAGUGCUUGACCAGGUUCAGCAGGAGGUAGAGAGCUCGCGGCGUCGAAUCAGCGAGAAGCUGAACAAUAUGCAUGAGGCUCUCGCUGGGAUUCUGAAUACCACGCGAGAUGGCCUUGUUCAAAAGAUGGAGCGAGUUGCUGCGUUGUUGGGCUCUAUAUUGCCGUUGCUUCGCAGUACGAGAAUGGAGCAAAAGACACAAGUCGAUGACGAAACUGAGUUACAAGGACUGUUGGAACCGGAAACCACCGUUUGCCGUCCGCCGUUGGCAGGAGUCCGUGAGCAGUUUCCCGGGAAGAAACGCCUAGAAUCAGUGUUACGUCGUGUGAAAUAG